UAUUCAUUCGCCAAGGCAAGGAACGACGACAAUUAUUAUUUUAUUAACAGGAGACUAAGAGAACUUUCGAGAGCUACGCAUUGCUAUACGUCGCAACAUCCAUGCAAGUAACAGCCCUCGUUCAUUUUGCUUUCGUAAUAAUUCUUGUUUCUUACUUAUUUUAAUUCAAUUGCGUCGUGACACAUAGCCUUGAAAGUUUCCAGCGAAAGUUCUUCGGACAGUUUCUUUUAGUUUCGUACUCAGUAAGUGACAGACCACAACAGAACAUUCUUUUUUCUAUACAUUUUGUUCUUUAACUACAAAUAAGUGCCAUCAAAGUGUUAUCUCACAAAAUUUGUUAUCUCACACAUUAUCGCGCAAAACACAAGAUUAAAGGAGACAUAUUACGACAAACGGUCCAGAAAUUGGUGUGGACCAUUCUCUUGCAUGAAGUACAAGUGCCUAUAGUAAAAAAUCGACGUGGACAUUCUUUCAUGAAGAAUUAACGAAAAGAGAUUUGGAUGUGCUAAGAGAGAAAGAAGAAUUAAAAUGCGGGAGAGAAAAUGGCUACUACUUACUCUGUAUGGACUUCUAAUAACAAUCGCAGUCUCCAAUGCCCUUAAGGCUAUCAGACCAAAAUUCAAAAUAGCAACAACAUCUACAACCACAACAGAGGAUUCGCCGUCAAUAGAAAGCAUAGGCAAUGAAGAUGAGGUUGAGGUAACAACAUUUUCCGAUACUAAUGCAACAACAGGCCACAUACUUACAGGAAUUCCACAAAUCGAUUAUAUUUGGGAUCCGAAUUUACCUAGGGAAUUGAAUGGAUACAAUUUGAGCGACUAUCCAUUUUAUAGUAGUAUACCCGAAGACAUUGAUUUCAAAUGUGACGGUCUUCACGAUGGAUUUUAUGCAAGCGUGCCUCAUAAAUGUCAGGUCUACCAUCACUGUUUGUUCGGCACGCGUUAUGACUUCCUUUGCGCAAAUUUCACGGCUUUUGAUCAGAAGACUUUUAUCUGCCACUUCGUUUCGGAAGUUGACUGUACUAAUUCUAAAAAAUAUUGGCAUAGAAAUGACGCCCUUUAUAAAGUAGCAGAUUCCACAACAACCUCAACGGUAACAACAAGUACAACUACAACGUCGGUUACGCCUGUGCAGCUGAUGUCAAACAUUGAUAAAGGCGAUCGAUUACUAAGUCGUGAACGAGACUUGAUACUGCGCAGAAGAAGACCUCCUAUGAGACGACCCGUCUAUGAUUACUAUGAUGAGGAUUACUAUGAUGAUGAUGCCUAUGAAAGAACGCGUCCGCGAGGCUACCCUCGACGAGAGUAUGAUGACUACGAGGACAGAAAAUAUCGGAGAGAUCGUGACAGAAUCCGAGAUUACCGUCAUCGCGAUUUUCGAGAAAGAGACAGAGAAACACCUUUACGAGAUAGACUUCUUAUACGAGGUAAUAGAAGAGACCCAAUAAGAAUGAAAGACCCGAAUGAAAACGAGCCACUGAGACCAAGACUGAAAGAUCAGGAUUUUUCGAAGUCUCAUGAUUCAGAAGAGCGUAUAAAAGAUGGCGAUGAGAGAAGAUACUUUGAUAAAAAAAUUAGAGACGAUUAUGAUGAAAAAAUCCCAGAAUUAGUAUUUAACUCUGGUAACAAUGAAGGACUAAUCAAGCCAGCAGCUCCACCAACCUCAGUAUUUGCAAGGCCAAGAAUACCACCAAAAUUACGUAGACCAGUACCUUUAGCUGAACAAGAUAAAUAUGCGUAUUCAACAAAUAUGCCAUUUCGUAGUCUAACUGAUGAAUCACGAAGAAAGCCAAUAACCGAAGAUACAGAUGAAUCUCGAAAAAAACUAGCCAUUGACGAUUUAGAACAACCUCGAAGAAGACCCAUUUUUGAUUCUUUAGAAGAACUCCGCCGAAAACCAGCUGAUAUUAUAAUCGAUGACUAUUAUGAAGAUGAGAUUGAAGAUAUUAGACCCCGCUGGCAAAUGAGAGGCAGACCUUUAAGAGAUAGAGAUUUUCUUGAUAAAAGAUAUCGUGAUCGACACUUCAGGUCUAGAUAUCGUGAUGAUAAUACUGAAAUACGUCUACGUAAGUAUUUAGACAGAUCAAGGGAUCGAUUUUAUGAAAGAGAAUGGGAUCGAGGUCUUGAACGAGGUCAUGAUCGUUCUUUAGAUCGCACAAAAGAACGAAAAGGUGAUUACGAUCAGACAGAAUGGGCUAUGCGUGUUCAUAAUUUCGAUAAAUUAGACAAGCCAUCCAUUUACAACCGACCAAUAGAUCUAAUUAGAGAAAAUGAACGCUCACACACAAUAAUUAAAGAUCAUCAAGAAGUUAUGGAUACUCCAAAAAGAUCGAAUCAAAUGGUUUAUGAUCGGAACACUGAAAAGGUCAUAAUCUCUUCUAAGUCUGAACAAGAAAAAGAAUUUUCAAAUCAUACAAUAGAGGAAUCAAAAAAUAGAUUACAAAAAUAUAGUUUUUUAACAAUGAAACCUAAAUUAGAAGUACAGCAGCAACAAGAACACGAGCAAAAAUAUUUCCAAAUACAAUCUCAUAAAAUACCCGAAAUUACAACUGAAAAAGAAUUUUUUCAAAAAUAUUGGAAAUCGAAAAUGCACGGAGAAACUCAUAAUCGUGAAAAGGAACUUUUUAAUGAUUAUUCAUCCGAAUAUUAUGAUGAUAUUGAAGAACCGGCCAUUAUUCCAUUGUCUUUAAUUCAACCAACGGUUCGAAUAAUAAAACGACCAUUUCUGCCAUCUAGAGGUGGAAAUCCUAAUCCUAGAGGUCUAUUACCAGUUGGAUCGAAAGCUCAAACUUCCAGGCAAGAAGAAAAUCCUUUGAAACAUUACAUUAGAUUACAAACAACUACAACUUCUUAUUUGGAUGAUGACUGUGCAAAAGAUGUUUUAAAAAAAGAUUAUCAUAAUCAAAGUCUUAUUUAUGACAAUAAGCACACUUAUAACAAUUAUAAAAAUCUCCAACAAUCUGAAGUAAAUAAUAAUUAUAACUUCUCAGAGUCAAAACCAAUUGUACAUAGACUGAAACUAGAUAUUACUAAAAACCAAACAGAAAUUCAAUCUCAGUUGAUACCACAUAAAACGUUAUCCAGCUGGACAACGAACUAUAAAGUUCAGGAACAAGAGAGUGAAGCCAAAGUUCAAGGAAACGAACAACAAGUGAAAGAUAAUAUUCAAUAUUCACAAAAUCAUAAUACAAAGAUCUACAACCUAUCCUAUAAAAAUGACGAGAUACAAGAUCAGUUAUCAGUAAAUGGGAAUUUGAAAGUAAAGCAAAAAAUAAAUGAAGUCACGCACCAUAAUUUACAAGAUAUUCCAGAAAGUGAAUAUGAUGUUACAUUAAAUGAAGCUCUAACACCAAAUGUAAGUCAAGAGCCAAGUAUGCCAAGCGGCUUUGUUCUUCCAUCACAUCCACGAUUCGGAAAAGACCCAAUUUUACAGUCAUCAGAAAAUAUAAACAAAUAUUCAACACCAUUCAAUCAACAACAUCAGCAAUUACAGCAGGAAGCACAGCAUCAACUUCAACAACAAAUAGAACAAACAAAGCUACAAAGUGCUUUUGGAUUUAAUACUCAGUUGGAAAAAUCAUUAGAAAUAACAAAAAGAGUCGAUAAAAGAAAACCAGUUUAUUUCAGAACACCAGAUAUCGUAAAGAUCUAUGGGAAACAGUUUAAAUAA